CAUCUACUCGCCGAAGGCUGUUUCAUUCUUUUUGGUGGGCGAUGUUUAAAUUUUAUCGCAAAGCGUUUGGUGUUCACCUGUGUAGUUUUAUGGUAUUUGCGAAUAUCUGUGCCAUCAAAUCAUCGAAAACAGAUGAUUCCAAAAGAGCUGUAGAUGUUGAUAUCACAGAUGGGACUCUACCCCCUUUGACUGAACCUCCCAAUGCAACAGCUAUUCUGGACAAAAUGUUUUUCAACUACGACAAAAGACUCAGGCCCAUGUAUGGAGGAGAUCCUGUUUACAUCUACGUAUCGCUGGGUUUCCUCUCCAUAAGCCAUGUGACGGAGGAAAAUAUGGAAUUUAAGGGGGACAUCUACAUGCGCCAGUUCUGGAAGGAUCCACGAUUGGCCUACGGUGACAAGAACUGGACAUUAAUCCUUCAAGGAGAUAUUCUCAACAAGAUGUGGUUUCCAGAUACGUAUAUCGAGAACGCUAAAAAAACAACCAUCCACGAUGACACAAGAACAGUCAUUGUGUUCGGAGACGGAAACGUGUUUUAUUCCGUAAGGGUCACAGUGAAUGCUAUGGGAUUAAUGGAUUUCAAAAACUACCCAAUGGAUGUCCAGCUAUUUUUCUUCAGAGUACUAAGUUACGGUUUUGACAUCACUCAGAUACGAUAUAAAUGGAUUGGUGUGUCGCUUUACAGUACAGACAUGGCAGAAUUCUUCGUCAUGAAUCAAACACUUGCUAGUGACAAGGUUAAAUAUAUGAUAGGUUGGUUCGACUAUCUUGACGUCAACUUCCACGUUCGAAGAAGGAUCGGUCAUUACGUCAUACGCAUAUUCUUUCCCUGCAUCCUUUGCACAGUUGUAUCGUGGCUUCCAUUCUGGAUGGAUAGGGGCGAGAUCGGUGAUCGUGGUGCUCUAGGCAUUACAACGCUGCUGACAGAAGUCUUCCUCUUGCAAUACACCAAUGACUCCAUGCCACGAGUCAGCUACGUAAAAGCCGCUGAUCUGUUUUUGAUUGUCUCUUUUGCUUUUACCUUUAUGGCUUUACUGGAAAGCGUCAUCGUAUACAACUACAAAAAGAGAUUUUUCCUAGCGGAAAGCGCUCAAUCAAAAUCGCUGACUGGUGGAAGAACGUUUUUUCGUAAACGUGCUUUCAAAGUGGACGAGGUUCGUAAGGCAGACACUGUCCACAUAAAUGGCUCAUAUAUUAACCCGGCAGUACAUGCUGAGCAAGAAGACCUAGCAAGUCCAUUACCCGAACUUCAAGAAACUAAAGCCCCUUGGAAAGAACCAGAGGAUGAAAAGCAGAAUUGUCCCAAAUGUUCCGUGCUGUCAAAAUCGAAAAUCUACAGCUACUACACCUGCGUCAAGAGUUAUUUUACAAAGAACGAUCUUAGUUUUUUCAUCGAGAUGUCCUCCCGUAUUUUGUUUCCCCUCAUGUAUGUCGGAUUUAUCGCCUUUUUCUUUGGAAAAUAUGGAAUAUAAAGUUGAGAACAUAGAACCUCUGCACAAAAGUUGUAGGAGGCAUAUUUAAUUUACAUUUUUUUUUAAAUAACUUUUUGACAGUUAAGUGCGGAAUAAAAAUUUAAGUAGUGCAAGAAACGCCAAAGGAACAAAAGAACCAAAUAUUGAGAAUUGAAUAAUUUAAUUUUCUGAUUUGCUUGAUUUUAAAGGCAUGCAAACCUAGUGACUGGAAAGCAAUUUGGAGUGACUAAUUCAUGUUAAAGAUCAUCUGAUUACUAGCGCACACAUCCAAAUAUUCUUCACAGCUAGUAGGUGUAAAACCAAGAGACACUCGAUAUAAUAGCAAUAAUGAGAGUGAUAUUGUCUGGUUAUAGACGUAUGAAAAAUUUCAGCAGAGCUGAUUUUUUUCGUCUUUGGAGUAAUAAGUAACAAAAUACGUGUUGAUACUUAAAAAGCUCAAACUAAAAUAAUUUACAAGGAGUAGCGCAUUGUGAACGCUCUUUUGUCUAGGUAAUGACUCGAGGUCCGUACCUCAAAAGUAAGUUUUCUUCUCUCUCUUCGUAAGCAGCUUCAUAAAAAUAUUUACAAGCUAGGAAUUGUAACCAUUUAGCAUAAGCUAACUACUUAUCUUUGGGCGUGCACCAGUCUACAAAUUACGGUCUAAACCGUAAAUUGUCUUAUUGAACUUUGCAGGUUUCAGUUUUUGAUUAUGAAGGCUGCUUUGCUCUGUUAGAUAUCUCUGGGCUGUAAAUAUAUCCGAAUGUAUUCCUUAUCAAAUCCUAUCUUCCUUCGUUAAGAACUUUUACAAAAGAAACCCUGGUUCAAAUAGUAACAUUCCAAUCCAAUAAC